AUGUUGUUCAGUCCUGUAUCAUACAUUUUGUGGCGCACUUCGUCUACGGGACUGAUAAGCAGAGCUCCUACGCAGUGCUGGCGUUUCCUCUCAAUAGCGGCGGAGCCGCUUAUUAAGCCAGUCAGAAUAAUCAACCAGCCAGCAGGGAUGCAGUUUUCCAUAUCACGAAAGGCAGCUACUAGGUUAGCAGAUAUAUACAAAGAUUCAAAAGAAGUCCUAAAGAUUUCUGUCGAAAGUGGCGGCUGUCAUGGGUUUCAGUACAAUAUGAGAUUAGUCCCAGAGAAGAAAGUUGACACUGCGUUAGAUGCUCCGAAACAAAACCCAAGACAUGCACAGGAAGAUGUGAAGGAAAAAGAUUCUGGAGACUCGGAUGAUUUUGAUGAUGAUUUUGAAGCUAAUAAAAAGGUAGUUUUUAUUCUACCUGACAGCGAAGCGAAAGUGGUAAUAGACGAGAACUCUCUUAAAAUAUUGAACAAGACAACGCUAACCUAUUCUACGGAACUGAUUGGCUCAACAUUCAAGAUUUCAGGUGGUAAUAUGAAGAGCAGCUGUGGUUGCGGAAGCAGUUUCGACGUGGAUCUUGAAAACUAA